AAGUUGUCGCAGCGGACAAGAUGGCGGCCUCCCUGCUGAGCUCGCUGGCGCGGGCCGUACGGCAGGUGGUUCCUCUGCCAGGGGCAGGGCAAGCCCGAGGUUAUUAUGUGGACUGGAGGAUGCUCCGUGAUGUGAAGAGACGGAAAAUGGCCUUUGAAUAUGCAGACGAGAGGCUGAGGAUCAAUUCUCUCAGAAAGAACACCAUUUUGCCCAAGGAUCUACAGGAAGUGGCCGAUAAGGAGAUUGCCGCCCUCCCACGGGACAGCUGUCCCGUUCGGAUCCGCAACCGCUGCGUCUUGACCUCCCGGCCGCGGGGAGUGAAGCGGCGCUGGAGGCUCAGCCGCAUCGUCUUCCGCCACCUGGCUGACCACGGCCAACUUUCUGGGAUCCAGAGAGCGAUUUGGUGACUCCUUGUUAAGGCAAAAAAGGAGUCCCAGGUUCAACCCGAUUUUAAAUGACAUCUAGUGACGGUGCCGUGACGUUCGACCUCCGUAAAACAGCUCGAGGGAGUCUGCUUAGGUGUUGUGGGGGGCAGAGAUCUGGGAGAGGCCAUCUCUUUAAGCAAACUGCUACCCUGAUGAAGUCUGUGCUACGGAGCAACCCUUAAAUUAAAGCUAAGAUAAAGA